UCUGCCAAUUAUCAAAGAGAUGACUGUAUUUGGUUUUAGAAUAAGAGUCCUAAUGUUACCAUAUACAGAACAUAAGUCAUCCCAUCAUGGAUGCAAAUAGCAGACUAUUGCAUGUGACUUUUAAGUUUAUACCAAUAUUGCUUUAGUGAACUUUUCUCGGCUGUGGGUGCCCGCUGAAUCUGAUGCCUUGCCUUAUUCUCUAACCGUGUAUUUGUGUUUCUGAAGGCAUUUUAAUCCACUAUUUCCCUUCCAAAUGGGUUAAAGUGCUUAUGUUAUGUACAUUCUAUAAAUAAGAACUCCUAGGAGCCAUCCAUACUUGUGUUCAUUCCUUCCAAGUUUUUUUGUUCCAAGUAAAAUAUCUCUUCUUCUUAUGGCAACCAACCAACCUCCACCCCGUCCCUGGUUACGUUUACCAUCCAUAGCCCGUCCAGUGGCACUCACUACCCCAGCCCCUGAGCCUCCUGCUUCCCAGCCAGCACGGCCCCCUUUAAUUAUACCUACAUUUAGGCCAUUAACUCAGCCUCAACCUCAACCUCAACCUCAACCUCAGCCUCAACCUCAACCUCAACCUCAACCUCAACCUCAGCCUCAAGAACCUACUGCACCUGGAGCACCACCUACCACGGGUUUAUCCUCAGUUCCUCCUUCUCCAAUUAGAAGAACCUCAGUACCAACUUCUCCGGUCACCAGAACAACCCAACCUACCACUUCUUCAGUUCCAUCCUCUCCUAUUAAAACCAAAGACUCUGCUCCCCUCCCAACUUCUGAGUCCCAAAAACAAGCCUCAUCUCCUACACCUCAAUACUCUGCUCCUUCUCCCCCAAAACCUUCCUCGACCUCUCCAUCGCCCACUUCUCCAGUCAGGCAACUUCCAACUUCUCCAGUCAGGCAAAUUCCAACUUCUCCAGUCAGGCAACUUCCAACUUCUCCAGUCAGGCAAAUUCCAACUUCUCCAGUCAAACAACUCCCAACUUCUCCUGUUAAGACGGUUUCAACUUCCCCAGUCAAACAACUCCCAACUUCUCCUGUUAAGGCAGUUUCAACUUCCCCAGUCAAACAAAUCCCAACUUCUCCUCUCAAGGCAGUUUCAACUUCCCCAGUCAAACAACUCCCAACUUCUCCUGUUAAGGCAGUUUCAACUUCCCCAGUCAAACAACUCCCAACUUCUCCUGUUAAGACAGUUUCAACUUCCCCAGUCAAACAACUCCCAACUUCCCCUGUUAAGAUAGUUUCGUUUUCCCCAGUCAAAACAGUCCCAACUAUUACCGACACCUUCACCAAUGGGACAACUACCACGGCUCGUCUGCCCACCCCAACGCCUUCUCCAAGAGCCAUAAAGCCUGCAGAUCAAACUCCACCCCUGUCUCCUAAGAACAAGCCCACUGCUCUCCCAGUUUCUCCUUUAAUUCUACCAUCUCCACAAUUGAAAUCCAAACCCGAGCUUGAACCGAAGAUCCCAGCAGAGGCUGAGCAAAAGGGCGUGCUGGUUCAAAAGACCAUUGAAAUUCCUAAGCCUGGGGUCAAUGGCACAGGAUCUCAGAAGAAUUUGCACCAGAGUCACAUGUCCCACAUUGCUCGUCAUCAGCAUGGGAAGCAUGAAGAGCUCAGAGACUUGGAAGCAAAGAAGAAAGGUGGUCAUAACAAGAAAUUCUCUUCAGAUUCCGAGGGUGGCAUGAAGGUUAUAACAAUUGCUGGUGAAAACAAGGGUGCUUUCAUGGAAGUAAUCAAGUCUCCUAUGAGACAUGGCUCCAAUGGCAACCCUCAUUCUCUGGGCCGCAUUGACCCUAAAACUGAGAAGGCUGGAAGCCUAUGGCAUAAAUCCAGUAGCAGCAGCAGCAGUGAAGAAGAGAAUUCGCAGAAGAAGGACAAAAGUCACAAAGAGAAGGCAAUGCAUUCUCCCCCAGUGGUUGCAUACACAAAUAGUAAUGUGCAAGGUGUCAACAACACAAUUUUAUUCAAUUCUUCAUGCUCCCAUCAAGACCCUGGAGUGCACCUUUCACUGUCAAGAAAGCCAUUUGACAAGGGAUUCCGUGUCAAGGACAAGGACAGCAGCAGUGGUCGUCACAGCUAAAGAGAUAAAAAGAGAAGCUUGAAUAAAGAAAAUGUUCUUCUACUUUUGUGGUUCAACUUUAGGCUAUUUAAACCAGUUAUGUGAUGUUGAAUCAAUAAAUUAAUAUGAGUGGCUGAGUGAAGAUAAAGAGAACAUGGGUUCUGAUUCUUCAUCGUUAUAUUCCAUUCCACUUGAUCUGGAGUGUAGUUGAAGAUUAUCCAAAGCCCCUGUUUGGCUCGAGUAAGAGAAAUACAUAUGUGCCUUUGAUGUAAUAAAGUGGUCAUUUGUUUACUUUAAUUUGUAACGGAGCAAUGCAAUUUGUGCGACCAACUAGUAGUUUAUGUUUGUGUUCUUAA